AUGGCGUCCAGGGCGUCGCCACUGAGCAGCAUUUGGAGUGGCGCACUGGGCUUCAGGGGCAGGAGGAGCUUUGUGGCCUGGAUGGUGGCGGGAGGGCUAGCUUACUAUCUAUACGUCGUUCCAGACAAGCAGCGAGCGGAGGAGCAGCAGCGGGUGAGGGAGCAGGCCAAGCGGUGGGCGGAAGAAGCGGCGGCAGCGGCAGCGGCGGACAAGCAGUGA